CCCCAGAAGAAAGGGCUCCUGCCGGCGUACUGGAAGAGUGAGCCAGGGAGCCUUCGAUAACAGAAAGGGCGUCGGGAGUAAUGGUCGGUGAAUCCUGAAGGAGGAGUCAUGGCGACGGCUUCUUCUAUCCUAAAUCGCCUUAUCCCUUGCAGAGGAGGAGCACUUUCAUCAUAUUUCAUCAGUGGAUUCUCGAGAUGUUUCUCCACUUCCAAUCAAUACGUAGUGAAGGUUGGGAUUCCGGAGUUCUUGAAUGGUGUGGGGAAAGGGGUGGAGACUCACAUACCCAAGAUCGAGGCAGAAAUUGGGGACUUCCAGAAGCUUCUAGUGACUAGGACCCUGAAGCUGAAGAAGCUUGGUAUCCCUUGCAAACAUAGAAAGUUGAUUCUGAAGUUCACGCACAAGUACAGGUUAGGACUAUGGAGACCGAGAGCUGACAGUUCCAAGUAAAUCAUCCUUUUGUGUCCUCGUCUAGAAGCUAGCUGAAUGGAUGAGCUUCUGAAUCGGUUGCUACUCACUGUUAAUUGUGGUUGCAAGUCUGGUUUCUCAUGUUGCCUUAAAUGCACUUUUUCCUGUUCUUGUUCCUUCAAAAAUAGGAGAGAUGAUUCCACAUAGAGAUUGGAACUGCUUUGUCUUCAGCUGGUGAACCUUGAAAUUGAUCUCUGCUUUACUUGCUUGGCAAAAGUCUCACCAGCUGUCAUGGUACUUUUACCUUGGGUCUUCUCUUUUCUUUGACACAUUACUGUCACCUAGUUUUUGAAGCUAAGGGGGAAAGGUAGAAUUACCUUUGGUUGC